AUGAACAUCCAGAUGUUGAUAUGGAUGAUGAAACAAUGGUUAAAGAUGAGCACUUGGUCAAUUUUAAGAGAGUUUGGAGAUGAGGAGGCUUACUUUACUAUUUUAGAGUGGAGUCAUGCAUUGAUGGUAGCAGAAAAACAUACUAUGGAAGUGGCGUUGAAGGAUGUAUUGGAAAAAUUACCUGAUAGUGUUGUUGUAAAUGAGUGGUUGGAAAAGAAGAAUGAGUUGUUUAAUGAUCAUAAAAGGGCUUACAAUGAAGAUGUGCAUGAAGUGGAUUGUGAUAAUGAGGUUAAUCUGAAUGAUAUAGGUGAUGGUAAUGAAGGAAACAGUUCACCCAUCAUAAUAUUGACAGAUCAUGGGGAGAAUGAGAAAAAAGAUGUCACUUAUAGUACACCUAUAGUUGAUGUCAGUUCGCUAACAAUGAGUCAGUUUAAUGCACUUUCUCAGGUGAAUGAAGAUAUGAUUCGAAUGUUGGAUGAAACAGAGUUGCAGAUAAAACUGAUAUUGAAUGAGUUACAUACAGAAGAUUUGAGAUGUAGAGUGUUUGAUGCUUUAUUGAGCAUAUACAUUAAGAAAUUUAAUGUCAAACCAAGUUUCGAAGAUGUUAUGCUGGUAUUAUUCCCAGUAAAUGACGAUGAAAAAUAUUACUUACUAAUAUUUGAUGUACGGACACCGUUUCACUACAUAGUAGAUCAUGUGAAGAAAAUAGGAACAUUAGAUAGAAAAUAUGUCAUGAUACCAAAUCUGGUGAUGAGAUUAUCAAUAUUAUUCUAA